AAUAUAACAACUUUAUUCCAUUAUUUUUCUUUCAUCUCAUCAAGAUUACUAAUAUUACUAGUUACAACUUUUUUCCGGCAACAUACAUGGCGGAAGGUGGUGGUUCCGGUGACGAUACAAUUAGAAGUAGCUGUCCACGUGGCCACUGGCGACCGGCCGAAGACGAAAGACUCCGGCAGCUUGUAGAACAAUAUGGUCCUCAAAAUUGGAACUCUAUAGCUGAAAAACUUCAAGGAAGAUCAGGGAAGAGUUGUAGAUUAAGAUGGUUUAACCAACUUGAUCCAAGAAUUAAUAGAAGACCAUUUAGUGAAGAUGAAGAAGAGAGACUUAUUGGUGCUCAUAGAAUACAUGGAAAUAAAUGGGCAUUAAUUUCAAGAUUAUUUCCAGGUAGAACUGAUAAUGCUGUGAAAAAUCAUUGGCAUGUUUUAAUGGCAAGAAAGCAAAGGGAACAAUCAAAGAUUUGUGGUAAAAGAAGUUUAUAUCAACAACAACAACAUGAUAAUUUUCUAAGUGAUUCUAAAUCAUCAUGUUAUGGUUUUCGACGAAGGAAUAGCAACAAUAAUAAUAAUACGAGAAUACAAGAAGGUAAUUAUGGCUCCAAAAUUAACUUUGAAUUUCAAAACCCUAAUAAAGAUAGGGUUUUCUCAAUGUCUACUACAUAUUCUUCUAGUUCACCUGAAUUUUGUGGAAGAAUUGGGAGUCAUUUGUUUAGAGAAACCUCAAUAGAUCAAAAAUCUUUAUGUCAAAAUAAUUUAAGCUUUUCAAGUCACGGAAGAGGAGGAGAUAAUAAUUGCAAAAGGAGUACGACUUUUCAGAAUCCUUUCAGUUAUGCUGAUAGAAAUGAAUAUGACGGUAUAACUGAAAGAGUUGUGAAUAUUAGCCAUAGUACAUUUUCCUUUGGGAAAAUUCUAAGGGAAAACAUUGAACAACAACAACAAAAUUAUGGAGAAGAAGCAAGGGAAAAGAAAGAUAUUCCCUUUAUAGAUUUUCUUGGUGUGGGGAUUUCUUCUUGAUUGUUUUUUCUUCUUUGGCUAAUUUUUUGUGUAAUGUUUAACAAUUCUUUUCAAUGUCUAAUUAUAAUAUAAGUAUUUUUUAUGCUUCCUAAAUCCUAGUUAUAAUUUCUUUAUCAUGCCAAAUAGUUGUUGUUAAUUCAAGUGAUAGCUUAGCCUAGGCUGUUUUUUUAACCUCUAAGGUGAAAAAAGUACUCUUAGGUUUUACUUAAUCAUCCUAAUUUCUUUUUAGGGACAUAGAUUUUGAACACUUGUAGCAUAAUAUAUGUAAUAAACUUUG